AUGACCCAACCCACACUUCUGAAAGAAAGUGACACUGACGAGGUCUCCAGGCCUCCUGGGGGCAUCUCAGACCCUGGGGGCGUCUCAGACCUUGGGGACGUCUCAGACCCUGGGGGCGUCUCAGACCCUGGGGGCGUCUCAGACCCUGGGGGCGUCUCAGACCCUGGGGGCGUCUCAGACCGCGGUUGUAGAAUAAGAGGUGCCAGGCCACCAGGUGUAAGAAACAACGGGAUCAAGGCCCCCAACCGUACCCAAAUGGUUCACAUUGGGAGUCCUAAUACAUCAUCCACAACUAUACCUUAUCAUUCACAACCAUCCCUCGUUAUCCACAAUCAUCCCUCGCCAUCCACAACCAUCACUCGCCAUCCACAACCAUCCCUCGCCAUCCACAACCAUCACUCGCCAUCCACAACCAUCCCUCGCCAUCCACAACCAUCCCUCGCCAUCCACAACCAUCUCUCGUCAUCCACAACCAUCCCUCGUCAUCCACAACCAUCCCUCGUCAUCCACAACCAUCCCUCGUCACCCACAACCAUCCCUCGUCAUCCACAACCAUCCCUCGCCAUCCACAACCAUCUCUCGUCAUCCACAACCAUCCCUCGCCAUCCACAACCAUCCCUCGUCAUCCACAACCAUCCCUCGUCAUCCACAACCAUCCCUCGCCAUCCACAACCAUCCCUCGCCAUCCACAACCAUCACUCGCCAUCCACAACCAUCCCUCGCCAUCCACAACCAUCCCUCGCCAUCCACAACCAUCUCUCGUCAUCCACAACCAUCCCUCGUCAUCCACAACCAUCCCUCGUCACCCACAACCAUCCCUCGUCACCCACAACCAUCCCUCGCCAUCCACAACCAUCCCUCGUCAUCCACAACCAUCCCUCGUCACCCACAACCAUCCCUCGUCAUCCACAACCAUCCCUCGCCAUCCACAACCAUCCCUCGCCAUCCACAACCAUCCCUCGUCACCCACAACCAUCCCUCGUCACCCACAACCAUCCCUCGUCAUCCACAACCAUCCCUCGCCAUCCACAACCAUCACUCGCCAUCCACAACCAUCCCUCGCCAUCCACAACCAUCCCUCGCCAUCCACAACCAUCUCUCGUCAUCCACAACCAUCCCUCGUCAUCCACAACCAUCCCUCGUCACCCACAACCAUCCCUCGUCACCCACAACCAUCCCUCGCCAUCCACAACCAUCCCUCGUCAUCCACAACCAUCCCUCGUCACCCACAACCAUCCCUCGUCAUCCACAACCAUCCCUCGCCAUCCACAACCAUCCCUCGCCAUCCACAACCAUCCCUCGUCACCCACAACCAUCCCUCGUCACCCACAACCAUCCCUCGUCAUCCACAACCAUCCCUCGCCAUCCACAACCAUCCCUCGUCACCCACAACCAUCCCUCGUCACCCACAACCAUCCCUCGUCACCCACAACCAUCCCUCGUCAUCCACAACCAUCCCUCGUCAUCCACAACCAUCCCUCGUCACCCACAACCAUCCCUCGUCACCCAGAACCAUCCCUCGUCAUCCACAACCAUCGGGCAGUGCCGGAGGCUGGGCAGAGAGCCUUAAUUGUGUUCUUCUCUUCUUAUGUCUUUUAUUGUGAUAUAUUUUAA